AUGCCAUCCUUUCUCUCCUCGCGGCCAGCCUACCUGCAAAAAGCCGACGAAUACUAUGCGCCACCGCCCAAGGGUCAGCCAUACUCCAUCACCCUUGCAGGCUCCGAGAAACCCGGUCGAACUGCCAUCUAUCGACAUCACAAAUGUCGCGAUGCCCUCCUCGAGACCCUCGACCCGGCCAUCCGCACCGCCCAUGACAUGUUCGAAUGCGCGGCGCAGAAAUACCCCCACGCGCCUUGUCUGGGUUACCGUCCUUACGACUCGAAUAAGAAGACGUUUGGUCCAUACGAAUGGAUAGACUAUGAGACAGUCCAGAAGAGAAGGGCAGACUUUGGCGUGGGGAUCGUCGAACUCCACGCCCGCGAAGGCAUCACCGGGGCGCAGUAUGGCAUUGGAUUGUGGUGUCAGAACCGACCGGAAUGGCAAUUGACUGAUCUGGCCUGCAUGUCCCAGUCGCUGUUUUCGGUUUCGCUCUAUGACACUCUGGGGCCAGAUACCUCCGAAUACAUCAUCCGACACGCCAACCUCGCCUGUGUGGCCUGCUCUCUCCCGCACGUUCCGACGCUGCUCAAGUUAAAGCCCCGGCUGCCGAACCUCAAGCUCAUCAUCGUGCUCGACGCCCUCGACACCGCCCCAAACGAGAAGCCAGAAGUGUCCAAACAAGCGCUGCUCGACUCACUCGCCGCGGAUGUCGGGCUCAAGAUCUUCUCGUUGGAAACGGUGGAAAAGCUGGGCGAGUCGUUGAACCGUCCAUGCAACCCGCCCAGCCCAUCGGACACGAUCACGAUCAACUACACGUCGGGCACGACCGGCGCGCCCAAGGGAGUGGUGCUCACGCAUGCAAUGGCCGUGGCGGCGACGUCUUCGUCGUUGACCGGGGCGAAACUCGACCACACGGGAGUCUCGUGCAGCUAUUUGCCGCUGGCGCACAUUUUCGGCCGGCUUCUCGAACACACGGCACUCUGGGCGGGUUCUCGAAUCGGAUACUUCCACGGCAACGUGCUGGAGCUGGUCGACGACCUCAAGCUGCUGCGACCGACAACCUUCGGCUCGGUGCCGCGACUAUUCAACCGGUUCGGCGGCGCCAUCAAGGCCCAAACGGUCGAGCAGCCAGGCCUCAAAGGCGCGUUGAGCCGACACAUUGUGCGCACGAAACUGGCCAACGCCGACCCGACGCCCAAGUCGCCCGGCGCGCCAGCACCCAAACCGACAUACACGCACGCGAUCUACGACCGGAUCUGGAGCCGCAAAGUGGCCGGCGCUCUGGGCCUGGACCGAGCCACAACCAUGGUAUCGGGCUCCGCGCCCCUGGACCCGUCCCUCCAACAGUUUCUGCGCGUCGUAUUCUCGACACGCCUAUUCCAAGGCUACGGACUAACAGAGACAUACGCGAUCGCACUGACCCAACCGGCCGACGACUUCAGCGUCAGUAACUGCGGCGCCGUGAUGCCAUGCCAGGAAGCAUGUCUCCUGAGCGUCCCGGACAUGGACUACACGGUAUCCGACCACCCCCAGCCGCGCGGCGAGCUGCUUCUGCGCGGCGGCUCCGUGUUCCGCGGUUACUACCGCGACGAGACGGAGACGGCGCGCGCCUUCACGCCCGACGGCUGGUUCCGGACGGGCGACAUCUGCUCAGUCGACGCGCUGGGCCGGUUCAGCAUCAUCGACCGGCGCAAGAACGUGCUCAAGCUCGCGCAGGGCGAAUACAUCUCGCCCGAGCGCAUCGAGGGCGUCUACCUCUCGUCGUGCUCGUACCUGGCCCAGGCGUUCGUGCACGGCGACAGCGUGCAGACUUUCCUGGUCGCCAUCCUCGGCGUCCAGCCCGACACCUUUGCCGGCUUUGCCUCGCGCAUCCUGGCCCGCGACAUCAGCCCCACCGACCUCGACGCCAUCCGGGAAGCGUGCGACCACCCAAAAGUCAAGGCUGCCGUGCUGAGGGAUCUGGACGCCGUGGGCCGUCGCAAGAAGUUUGCCGGCUAUGAGCGGGUCCGGAAUGUCGCGUUGGCCGUGGACCCGUUUACCGUCGAGAACGAGCUGUUGACUCCGACGUUGAAGCUGAAGAGACCCGUCGCCGCGAAGAAGUUUCGAGAUGUCCUUGAUCGCUUGUAUGCUGAGGCGUUGGAGGAGGAGGGGAAACAGAAGGGUGGGAAGGCGAAAUUGUAG